AUGGCUCCAAUCCCAAGAGCUGAUCUGGAUGGGGACAACCCUUCUUCAGAUGUUGGCGACAGUCAGGAUUCCCCCCUGCGCCGUCAGUUUUCGGAGCCUUUCCGCCCUCAGUCUACUUCUACCCAAAUGUCCCAGUCGCCAGAGCCAAUCCAGCAAGUGAAAUGUGACUGGUGCGGCAAGCUCUUAAUGCUCCCGAAUGACCAGAAAACCUCAGCAGAUGAUGUUCUCAAUGAUCACAUCAAUGAAGCACACCCAAAAUCGAUUAGCUUUGGCUACGAUGGUGCCGAGGAUGGCGCCGAUGAAACUUAUGAUGAGACUGGCGACCUCCAGGAUGACGAUGCCGCUGAAGAAGAAGAAGAUGAGGAGGUUGCAGUCGAAGUCGAAGCCGCCCAGCCCGAAGACACUGAGCCCCAAGAUGGCAAAGGUGAGGGCGAGGGCGAAGAAACAACCAUUGAAAUUACCACAGAGGAUGCAAAUGGCAUUCAGCCAACCACAGUUGCAGUCAGCGUCAAAAACGUGCCUGAAGGCAAGCUUGACCUGCUUGAGUGGCUCUCCAACCCGCGUACAUCAUAUCCAGAAGAGUACCGCGCUCGCGUGGCGACAUGGAAAAGAGAAGACGUCAAGCAACGCCUUCAUAGAUUCUGGACUGUUCACAAGACCACCAAAUUCUCGCCCGCCUAUGAACAGGAAGCCUCAAAGUGUGAAGCGACUUGGGAAAAUGCCUUCAAUGACCCGUCAAAGUCUAGAAAGCGUGAAGCAUCCGAGCCGCUUCCUCAUAUUCUACCAUACAAAAAGGCCAAAGUCGAGAGAGACAAUUUCCUUGAAAUCCAAACCCAGGAACUCGAAAAUUUGGUAACCAUGCUCCGCACCCCCGAGAAAUACUCCCCCGAGGAACUUUAUGCAAUCACACAAACUGCAGCGUUGACCAUGAAGACCCUCCAAGACGAAUGGUUGGCCCUUGAUAAGCUUUACCUGAAAGCGAACCGCCACAAACGCGAUGAUGCAUCGUACGAGGCAAAGAAACAUCAGCUGCAAGGCCAUAAGAAGAAGGGCGGAGCGCCUCUGGCUCACGUCUAUGAAGAUAAAAUUGAUUUCGAAGAGAAGAAGGAGGCGAUGCUCUACGGUUACAAACACACCUAUUUCCCGAACCACACACCACUUAUCCCAAUUCGCCAAGCCCAAGAUCCAUUUGUUCAAGGAGGGUUCGUUCCUACACCUGCACAGGCGAGGAAGAUGAUCGCCAAGCAGAAAGAAUAUGGUGACCGCAAUAUGGACAACUGGACGACAAUGAAAAAGCACGGGCUGGAAUACGUCCCUCAAAUGUAUGAGAAACGGAGCGAACCAGCAACUCAGAAGGUCACCCGGAAACGCAAAGCCGCAGAGGUGGAAUUGUCUUCCAAGCAACCAGACACCGAUGACGACGGGAAUCCUAGUGACCCUGGCGACGAAACCGAAGAAGAAGCUCACUCCGCGAAGCGGCGGUCGCGGCCUCGUGGCGGCAAACGUGGUGGUGGUGCUACUGGUGCUGCUGGUGGUGAGUCUUAUAACUCAGACAACAACUCUCGUCGGGGUUCUGGUCGUGGCCGCGGCCGAGGCCGUGGUCGUGGAAAUGGUCGACUUGCUUCUUCGCGCGCUACAUUUGAAGUCACCCCAGCUCCAACAUCACAACCCUCAAGUCGUGGCCGAGGUCGACGUGGCGCUAGCACCAUGGGCUCCUCUGCAACACCCUCGGCAGAAAACACAUUCCCAGCCACAGAGCCAACAGCAGCCGAAAGCCCCUCAGAACCAGGCGCGGGAGGGGCUAAAAAAGAGGCUCUUUCACUUGAAGCAAUUGAAGAGACCAGACGCCAGAAGAUUGCCAAUUCGAAGAACCCCAAGAGAACGAAAGCGAUGCUCGAUCACUGGGAUAGAUUCAACCGCGAAGGACGCAUUCGCAACCCCAAGCGUUCCAAGGCUCAAAUUGAGCAAGAUCGGACCGUCGAUGGCGCUGACGAUUCCAUGACCAUGGGACCUGCUGGCCCUGGGCGCCGCAAGCGUUCGCCCUCGCUGGCCCCUCUGGCUGGCAACCUCGCCCCCAAGGGACCUGGCCUGCCCUCAAUGGCAAGUGUACAAGCCCAGCAGCACAUGCCUCCCACCUUUCCCCCUAUGGGGGUAGCCCACUACGGCCCCGGGCCUAUAAACCCGUAUGGCCCUCCGCCUCCUGCUCCCCCAAUGGCGCAACUGGGGCAGCCGAUGCCUCCCCAGUACGCGCCUUUCCCAUAUGUACAAUACGGAAUGGGCCACCUACCUGGCUCACAUGAUCCACGGGAUCCUCGCCAUUAA